AUGCCAGCCGCCACGGAGCCAACGCCUCUGCAGCCGGACAUUCUCUCCACAAAUACUGAACCGUCAGACGCGAGCUUCUCCUCGUCGCACACAGCCCAGCCGCCAAGCACGACCGACCUCGCGUUCGCACCCAUCGCGCUCGCGCAGUACCACAGCAUAUCAGAAAAGCUGGCCUCGAACAAUAUCUACCGCAUCCUCCGCUCGCCUGCGCCGAUCCGUGUAUGGGUGUAUCGCUCACUGCUUGCUGAGAACCGGCAGUGGGAGGAGUGGGACCGGACCGCCACUAUGUCGGGUGUGCAUCUGCGCAGGGAAGAUGAAGUGGACGGGGGCGGGGACGCAGAGAGCGUGGACAACACCGAGAGCCCGAGCAACACGGGGAGUGUGGGCGACACUGAGAGCUAUUCCUCGGAGCACUAUGCAGCAAGGCCGUACCUCACGCGUCUGCGCCUCGCCAUUGCGCCCUAUACCGUACACUACCACAACCCCGGCUAUAUCAGGGACGACACGCUGAAAAUGCUGGAACGGAACGUGGUCAAAAAGACGCUGGAGGAGACGCGCAAGAAUCUGGAGAUACGCGAGGAGCUUGGCUUGUCGUGGGAGUUCUGGGAUGAUCUUGCGGCACUGCUCAAGGCUGCCAUACCCUACCUCGAACGACGCUGUUUCGCUGCCCCGGAUCCCGCUGCCCCAGAGUACGAGGGCCUUUCUGGGCCUUUGAUUGCAAGCUAUUCGCCGCAACUGCUGAGAGACUUGGAGAGAUUGAACCAGAUGGUGUGCAUUGCGCGCAAUGUCUUGGUGCAUGGGGAGAAGGUGCAGAAUCUGAGCGCAGAGAGGUUGUUUGAUAAAGAUAUCUUUGCGCUGGUUAAUGUCUGCGUGAGAGUUACUGCGAGGGGAUAUGAUGGCGAGGCCGGGACGCAGGACGAGGAUAAAUGGCAGAGCGUUAUCAAUGCUUACAAGAAACUUCUCAUCACCUGCCUCCAGUUCCUCAACAACUUGAUCGCGCGCAACGAGCAGCGAAAACUCAUGCUCUGGAUCGAGCUCUUCGAUAGCCAUCUCGACAACGAGCUGCCCAACUUUGCCGACAUGAAGUAUAAAAUGGACGAGUUCCCACAGCAAGACGACGAACAAGCUCUGCGAGAGCAGGCAGCACGCAACCUAGACACGUUCAAGAUCCCGCAACAACCUGCUUCAUCCCCAUUCCUGCUCUACAUUGGCGAGACGGGCAACGAGGUCAAGAAGACUUUGAUGCAGCACGGUGUCAAGGCAGGCGCAAAUGAAAUUGCUGCCGAGUGCAGAAGGCGAUGGCAGACCAUGAACGAAGAAGAGAAGAACAAAUGGAAUAUGCUCUAUGCCGAUGUGGUUGCCAGAUACCGUGACCAGAUCACCCAAUCCAGCACCUAUAAGAAAGUGGUGGACCAGCACGCCAAGAACGAAGAAAGCGUACAAGCACUCGCAAAGAGCAUCAAUCAGCUUCAAGUAGAGGUCGACAGGAUGCGGUCCUCAAUCGCGUAUCCUGACGGCUCGUCUUCCGAACAAGACACACCGGAAGAGAAAGCCUCGAGACCAGCACUGGAUGAUUCAUUACUCGAUCCCAGCAUCAAGCGGUCGUCCCCGGCAGGUGAGAUCGACUUUCGCGUAACCUAUCCGCCAUCCUUCGGUGCCGAGAUCCUGCAGAACGGCAAAGAUGAUCUGCUCAAGCGUCUCGAGCCAGAUCCAGACCGUCCGGGGCUAAUCAGUGAUGUAGCCUCACCAACCUCUCCACCGCCUGAGGACGACGAUGAUAACGACAAUGACGACGAUUAUGAUGAUAUCCCGGGAGAUGAGGGACGUGGACUGCUUACGGAUGUACCGCUCAUUCUGGGCCCGACGGAGAUUGAAGUUCUACCCAUGAUCAUCAUGGCAGGCAUUGUGGAGCCGCACGAGGGCCAGCCAGGAUAUCAUUCUGAUCCUACAGUGUUUAGCAGUGUGAGGAGUAUGCAUGGUGUACGGUGCCAUCUGCUCCUUGCGCAAGACAAUGGGCGCAACCUCCUUCGCGAGUUGUUGAUCUUUGUUGCGGCUUGGGACCUGAGGGAAGAGGAGUUGUAUUUCAAGUUCAUGGUCAAGAUCAUGGAAGCAAUCCUGGCGAAUCAGUUACUACCAUUCGCCUACCAUGCUUUCAGAGAGUCUGAAUCCAAGGACAUCAUCUCACCCGCUCAAGCAGUCAUUAUGAAGCUUCUCACAAACAUCUUCCGCGCCCGACAAGCGCGUGCACAACCUUCCAAAGGCCUUCUCAAGCCGAACCCUUUGCCAGUUGACCAGGGUGACGUCCACAUGGUCAACUUUCUCCUUACCGAGUUCCGGCGACAUAUCAUCCCGCAAACCUGUGCGCUCAUCUUUCUGCAAGGCCAGAUCCGUGCCGGUCACGCGCAACCCGAAGACUUCCCUCUCAACCUGUGGGACAUGGAGCGCAUGUACGAGGGCGUGUAUCAGUACCUGGAGUUCUUUGCCAUCUUGACAGAGCACGAGACGUGGAAGCGAAUGUUGAGCAAUUGGGAAAUUGUCAAUGAACUAGUCACACUGCUGAAAGAGUUGGAUGCUGCGAUUCCCAAGGGACAGCUUUCUGUUCCACCACUGAGGAACGUCGCACAUGCACCGCCGCCACCUGCCGCGCCCGUCGAAGUCGAUAUUCCUGCCCCACAACAUCAGGGUCAGCAACAACCACAUCAACAGCAGAAUCAACAGCAACAGCCCCAACCUGUCGCAGUCGAACGCCCCUACGACACCACUGCUCCUAUCCAGGACCCGUAUAUUCCACCGCCUGCCUCGCCCUCCCCACGUCCGUACAUGGACGAAGCCGCCGACGAGCCCUCGGACUUUGAGUGGCGAAAUCUCAAGAAAUUGGCUGUCUUGGUUCUAUCGUCCCUUGUCUGGAAGAACAAAUCCGUCCAAGACCAGAUACGCCCGUUGGGUGGUAUCGAGGCGGUGCUCAACUGCUGCAGCUACGAUGAGCACAAUCCAUACAUACGAGAGCAUGCGAUUAUGUGUCUUCGAUUUCUGAUGGAAGGGAACAGGGAGAACCAGGAGAGGAUCCGUGUGCUUGAGAAGGUAGGCAAAGAAGGAGAAGGCAAGAAACAAGAAGACGGGCAAGCAAGCGGAAGCGCAAACAUGAGUGGGAACAGCGGAGUAAAAGUCCCAGACGAGGUUCUGGACCAGCAAGGCUACGAGACAUACAUGGACAGCAAGGGCCAGGUCAUGCUGAGGAAAAGACAGCCUCAGCCCGUGCCGUCGAGAGGCGCGCCGAACAUCGAGAGAGGCCCAAGUGCUGGGCCUUCUGGUGGUGCGUCGGCCAGUGCGACUGCCGCGUCUCCUGGUACCGGGAAUGGUAACGGAAACGGCAACGGUAAAAGCAAAACUGACGUCGCUGCGGGCUUUCGAGGCGGCGACCCAAAGGCCCUUGAAGAUCUUGUGCAGCAAGUUAUGCGCGAUCUGCCCACGAGAGUGCAGGGGCUGAGGGGUGCGAGUGGAGAGGAGAGGGUGGCGGAGGAGGCGCUCAAGAAGCUUGAUCGGGGGUUUGAUGGGGGAUCAAAAGGCUGAGAGAGAGAAAACGGUCUAUGGGCUUCAUUUCGUUGCUAAAGAUACUUUCUCAGGCUUGACUGAUUUUGGGGGUUGUACCAUGGAGAGAGAUGGUGGAUGUGUGAUGUGAUGUGGUGGUACGUACGUCUCGUGGUGGAUAUGUACUCGCUACUACUUCGAGAUUGGAGGACUCCUAGGAAGUGAACGUUGGGUUGGAAUAUUUCACCCUUGGGCUCUGGCUAGGGAAGCUUCAAAACUUAAUCAUACUAUCAUACCAUU